CCUUGCCCCAGCGCUGCCAUUGAGGGGCAUUGAGUCAGUGAGUGGAAGAGGUUUGUUUGAAACAGGCCGCAAUGGAGAGACCAGCGCCCAGGGAAGCGAGGGAACAGCAGGCUCCUUCCAGCAGCGCAUCGAGAUGAAAAUACUUGCAGGAACAAGACAAUGUAAUACUUGGCCAAUACAAAGCUAAGGGUGACCAGCUGCUUCUAACAAACAACAGAAAAACACUUGAAGGACCAAGACAAAGUAAGAUUUCUUCAGUACAAUGGCAAGUGUGACCAGAUCCUUCUGACAAACAGCAGGCAAAUACUUGAUGGGCCAAGACUGUGUCAUAUUUCAUCAGUACAGCAUCUACCAGCUGCUCCAACCAAACAGCAGACAAACACUGGAAGGACCAGGACAAUGUAACAUUGCUUCAGAUCAAAGCCAAGUGUGAUCAGCUCAUUAUAAUAAACAGCAGCAUUGCUGACGCGGUAAGGCUAUAAAAAGCGAGCUCCGAGCCCGUUUUUGCUUAUUCUGUGUCUGAAAGUGACCGUCACGAUGGUAGAUGAGAAGAAAGCGCAGGCAACUUCCAAGAAGGGCGCCAAGAAAAUCAUCAAGAAGGCGCCAGCGAAAGGCGGUAAGAAGAGGAGAAAGUCCAGGAAAGAAAGUUACGCCAUCUAUAUCUACAAAGUGAUGAAGCAGGUUCACCCCGACACCGGCAUCUCCUCCAAGGCGAUGAGCAUCAUGAACUCGUUCGUCAGCGAUAUUUUCGAGCGUAUCGCAGGGGAGGCUUCCCGCCUGGCCCAUUACAACAAGCGCAGCACCAUCAGCUCCCGGGAGAUCCAGACCGCGGUGCGGCUGCUGCUGCCCGGGGAGCUGGCCAAGCACGCCGUGUCGGAGGGUACAAAGGCGGUGACCAAGUACACCAGCUCCAAGUGAGACCCCACAUUGUGCUGAAAUAAACACAUCCAAAACCCAACGGCUCUUUUCAGAGCCACCCACAAUUUCAAUGAAGCAGUUGAACCAUUUUUCGUUUGUAAAUGAUUCUCGGUAUCUAUAAUUCAUGUCUCUAAUCUUUAUCUUUGUUUACACAAACGUUCUAAAAAUUAAUGUGCUGUCCCUGUCCCUCUGUCGGUUAGUUUCGGAUGCCUUCCUACCCAGUCUCUCCCUCGCUGUACAGAAAACACAUUCAUCGUCAGUCAGUCAUUUUUUUUCAACAACUCCGAUGUGUUCCAGUUAUUAUUUACCCCUUGAUCAGGAAUUUCACCCCCUGGAAAGAAAACUAACUGCUCGAGUCCCACGAAAAGUUGUUGGGGGAUCUCUUGUCAUUGAGGAUUUCAGCUGUCGGUGAGAGGCUUUCAAAAUAAACUGCGAUAAAGCCAGAGCCAGGAUUGCAGUCGCAAGUGUGAAACUGUUGUGUUCAAGGAGAAUAUGGGAGGGCAACUUCAAACUAUUGUUUCAAGUUUUAACCCGUUCACCCCGAAAAACGUGGUGUAAGUUUUUAUAAAUACAUCAGCGUGCACUUG